AUGAAACCACAUUUAACCGCCCUCCCCGACGAAGUCAUCCAAGCGAUAUUAUCGUAUUUGCCGCCAUCCACCACUCUCGCCUUACAAACCACGUGCCGACGCUUUGCCAAUGUGGCCAAUGAGCCACUUCUGUGGAAAACAUACUGCAAACAGGGAUUUCGCUGGUGGGACACGCACCAUCAAAUUACCACCAAACUUGAAGAUGCCUCCUUUACCGAUUGGAAGAAACUGUUUGCCGCUCGACACGCAUCAGCCGGGAAGACACGCAAGGCUAUCGGCAAAAUUGUCGCCGAAGAAUUAGGACGGUUGGAUUGGAUCAAGACCAUCUUGGAAAUCGGCUAUGAUGCUAAAGACGAUCUGCUUGAUAUGUUUUGGAAUGCAUCUUCGUCCCAAAAUCAUCUGGCGCAGAAAUAUUGGAGUCAUGCGGCCCUGGGCUGUCUCCAUCGUUUCCUGGCAGUCCAAGAAUGGAUAGCCCUGAGGGAAGGAGGCCAAGAUCCAUAUGCAUUUGAAAAACCUCUGGCGGCCCUUGACCUCUUCAUUCUCGAAGAACAUGCCGAAGGCGACAUGGACGAUAUCUUCGCUCGGCUGGAUUCCUAUGUGGCUUCUGUCCGCGCCGCCCAUGCCAACAUUGACGAACUAUCCCCGCGAGAAAAAUCUAUCAUCAUCGCCGACCACCUUUUGAAGAAUAAAUGGAUCGGCAUCCAAGGAGAUCGUCACUACCACAGCCUGGACCACAUGUUCCUCGGAGUAUCUCUGUUCAGCGGAAACAGAAACUCCGUCCCCUUGAUCUCAGCGGUCACCUUCUGCUACGUCGCUCGUCAAUUCAAUCUCCGCGCCGCACCAUGCAGUUACCCCUUCCACGUCCAUGCCGUCGUCCAACCACCUCCGGGGAUUGACCUGGAUGGCAAGCCUCUCCGAGAAUCAUCUGGCUCCGAAGACCGAGGACCAUCCCUGCCCACACAUUUAUAUAUGGAUCCCUUCAACGGCUCCGAACCGAUAUCGUAUUCGGUCCUCGACACUCAGCUCAAAUUCAUCACUCCGGCCGCCACUCUCGCGCAAACCACCUCCUACCUCUCCGCGGCGUCUCCCAAAGACCUCACGAUCCGCACCGCACACAACAUCCUGUCCUCACCAGCCCACUACUCCGGCGCCCCCUUACAUCCCAUCAACCCCAACUUGGCAACCUACGCCGCCCUCUUCUCGCUCGUUCUCCUCCCCGCCCUCCCCAAUCCUCACCCCGCCCAACUCCAGCAACACCUCGCCGUCCUGACCCAACACUUCCUCGAAUUCUUCGAUCUCGACAUCCACCUGUACGAAACCCGCGUCCUCCCACUGACCACCAGCCUCCCCGACGCCCGUGCAUACUGCAACCUCAUCCAACAGCUCAAAGAAUCCGACCACGAAUCCCGCCCCGCCAAAUACCGCUCCGACCCCCGCAACUCCGUCGUCAAGUACUCCGUCGGCCAGGUCUUCCGGCACCGUCGCCGGGGCUAUCUCGCCGUCAUCUACGGCUGGGACCCCUACUGUCGCAUGCAGGAGCAAUGGAUCAUGAUGAACCAAGUGGACCGCUUGCCCAACGGGCGUCAUCAGCCCUUUUACCAUGUUCUUGUCGAAGACGAGUCGACCAGAUACGUGGCGGAGGAGAACGUCGUGUUGUUGCUGCCCAGUGAGAUUUCGGCGGAAGAUAUCUUGAAUGCGUUCCCCAUUGAGAUUGGCAAGUGGUUUAAGAGGUUUGAUUUGGAGACGGGCACAUUCGUGAGUAAUGUACGACACGAGUAUCCUGAAGAUUGA